CCAGGUGCUCAUUAGCUCCCCUGAAGCCUGCGCAUGUACCACCCCCUGCCCCGCCCAGAUCUGGGGGCUCGGAGGCCCUUCAGUAGCGAGCGCAUGCUCUCGCCCCGGCGCGCGCCUUCCGUGCAGCAUGGCUGCUCCCGAGGCCACGGCCCAGGGCGGAGUCUUCCGUACAGCAGGGCUGCCUACAGAGCGCGAACCGCAACCGCUUCCGCCCAGAUACCGGAAGUUUCUGUUUGAAACGGAGGCGGCAGACCCGGUCGGCGGCGCGGCGGUUGAAGCUGAGCAUCUUCUGAACAGGAGCGACCAGGACUGGGGGCAGGAGCGGCAGGCGCCUGGGUUCGGCUCUCCUGCGGCGAGGGACUGGGCUGGAUGUGGGGAGCAGACAGGGGUCCAGCCGUGCCGCCUCGUCACGAUGACCAGUGUGGUUAAGACCGUGUACAGCCUGCAGCCCUCGUCUGUGCCGAGCGGCGGCCUGCCCACAGACACACAAACUCGAGCCACUUCUAAGAGUCUAUUACCUGUUAGGUCCAAAGAAGUCGAUGUUCCCAGACAUCUUCAUUCAGCAGGUUCAGAGACUGAUGUUAUGAAAAUCACCAAGCUGAAACGAGAGAAUGGGCAGAUGAAAGUUGGAGACAACGCCACCAGGAAGAAUGCCAAAAAGGGCUAUAAACCACCAACUAAGCAAAAAUCAGAGGAAGAGCUCAAGGAUAAGAACCAGCUCUUAGAGGCUGUCAACAAGCAGUUGCACCAGAAGUUGACUGAAACUCAGGGAGAGCUGAAGGACCUGACCCAGAAGGUGGAGCUGCUGGAAAAGUUUCAGGACAACUGUUUGGCAAUUCUGGAGAGCAAAGGCCUGAACCCAGGCAGUGAGACCUUGACUUCACGGCAAGAAUCCACGACAGAUCACACGGACUCUAUGUUGCUUUUAGAAACUUUGCAAGAUGAGCUGAAGCUUUUUAAUGAAACAGCCAAAAAGCAGAUGGAGGAGUUACAGGCCUUAAAGGUAAAGUUGAAGAUGAAAGAAGAAGAAAGGCUCCAAUUCCUAGAACAGCAAACCUUAUGUAACAGUCAAGUAAAUGAUUUUACAACAGUCAUUGAGGAAAUGGAGCAGCUAUUGGAAAUGUAAUAAAAAGCAAGUGGCCAGAUGGCUCCCUCUUGGGGAUAAACUCUCAGAGGAAGCCACUUAGGACUUCUUCUUGGCCAGGAUCUUCUGGGACUUACCACCUCCAGAAUGAAAACAAUUUCUGCAGUAGGAUUAAGGACAGUUUAUGCUGGAAUGGCAGUUCUUCCUUUAAGCAGGUUUUCCCAACCUUCAGGUUUAUCAGCCCUCCUGAGCCACAUGUUGAUAAUUGGGGCCUACAAGAGUGCCACCUGGAAUCUUGGAUUGACCUCCUGGGCAACCACUUGAUGCUAGCACACCAUUAGAAAUGGGGGGCUAAACCAGUCACAGCCAGAGCAUCUAAAAUGUCACAUUGCAAUUUUAGGGAAGAAAUCUUAAUUACAAGUGCUUUAUGGGAGACAUCAUUAAGGAGCUAUGUUGUCCACUUUUAACUUGGAGCACUUUCUGUCCCAUUCUGGUUGUGCUUCUGUACCUCAUUAAUUUAUGGACUUAAAGUUGCUUGAAAUGUUUUUGGCUUAAUAAAUGGGGUAGAGGUAUAGAUAGUAAUAACAUGUACUUGAAAUAAUACACCUUAGAGCUUUUUAAUGUAA